AUGACCCUACACACCGAGUCGCCUGCCAUUCAGAAUGGCCCCAACUAUGAUGACCAAUAUGUCGACGUGGAGAAGAAGGAAUAUACUGAGGAUGUUCCAGCAAAUGACCCAUUUGGAAGCGAGGAAGAAGGAGAAGUCAAGUAUCGUGUUAUGGGUUGGUGGCAAUGUGGAAUGUUGAUGAUUGCAGAGAAUAUGUCCCUAGGCAUUCUAUCUCUUCCGUCCGCAAUGGCAACACUAGGACUUGUUCCGGGAGUGAUUAUUCUUGUCGGAAUGUCCGGCGUUUCAUGGUACACAGGUUAUGUUAUCGGACAGUUUAAGCUUCGUUUCCCUCAAACGCACAGCAUGGGUGACGCCGGAGAGCUUAUUAUGGGUCGCUUUGGACGGGAGCUGAUGGGCAUUGGCCAACUGCUCCUCUUGAUCUUCCUGAUGGCCAGUCAUAUCCUUACCUUUUCGGUGCUAUUCAAUACCAUCACCGGUCACGGAACUUGCACCAUUGUUUUCGCUGUCAUUGGAAUGGUAGUCAGCUUCAUCGGCGCCCUUCCCCGUACUAUGAACAAGGUGUACUAUAUGUCCAUCGUGUCUUGCAUUAGUAUCAUCGCGGCGACCUUUAUCACCAUGAUUUCCAUUGGAGUCCAGGCCCCCGAUCACGUCCAGGUUGAUGCCACCAGGGACGUUAGUUUCCAGGAUGCAUUCUUGGCCGUGUGCAACAUUAUCUUUGCCUACAUCACUCAUGUCGCCUUCUUCGGACUCAUCUCGGAAAUGAGAGACCCUCGGGAAUUCCCCAAGUCGCUGACCAUGCUUCAAGUGGUGGAUACGUCUAUGUACGUCGUCACAGCGAUCGUCGCCUAUCGUUAUGCAGGCCCCGAUAUCGCCUCUCCCGCCCUUUCGUCUGCAGGACCUGUCAUGAAGAAGGUCGCUUACGGCAUUGCCAUGCCCACUGUGGUCAUUGCUGGUGUUAUCUACGGCCAUGUUGCCUGCAAAUACAUUUAUGUCCGCGUUUUCCGUG